GAAACAACGACGAGAUGCGUCGGCUCGGCCACGAGGAUACAGCACGCGAAACUGGUUCAACAGGAAGUAAUCAGGUUACUUUUGGCCGCGAGGGAAUCUUUGCUCAACGACCUGGCUGAUUUAGCGCGGCUGCUACCUUCUUGCCAGCAAAGAGCGCUCGAGCUUGCUCAGAACACGCACAAAGAAAUUACCAAGUUGCAGAUGAUGGACACGGAGGAAACCGAUAUCGCUCAACUCUGCGCACAAAAUAUCGUUCUCUGGCAGCACUUUUUGGAAGCGUUCUCCGGGCGCGAGGCCGUUCAUCAGCAUCUCGCGAGGAUCCAUCAUCAACUGAGGGUGAAACGUUUCGCGGAAGGUUUCUUCGUGUUGGAAAAUCCCAGGACGUCCGCGUGGGGUUGCUACGACGCGAACUACCAGUCGUAUCAGGCGGUGAGCGAGGCGGCGCGAAGAUCGCGAUACCUGGCCUCGUUGCCACCUCUGCCUGUCCACUGUCCGGAAUUGGACGGCGACCUUCAUUCUCUGCCUUUGAUCUUCGAGGAUCAGUACGUGGAUAUGAAACAGAGGCACCGAAACAGCGUGCCCGGCAUCGACGACUGCAGCUGCGGCAUAGCGGCGAUCCUCGAGUCCCGAUCGAUGGGAAUUUGGUCGCCGAGGAGCGAAGGCGCGGCGCAGGACAUCGGCUCGGUGCAAGGCCGAUUGACGCUCACUCCCUCCACGCUUCCUGCCAGGCACAGCAAGUCCUUGGAUCAACUCGGCCCGGAGAUCGCCCCGGUUCAACCGAGGACCUCGCCGAAGACUCUGCCUCGGUCGGUGUCCACGCAGCUGUUCCCGAGGCAGAGGGGCGGCACGCGGAACGCCACCCCGCCGGCGACCGUCCCGUCGAGAGGAAGGCAGAGGUCGACACCACCGUCCAGUAGCACGCUUUUCCCUCCUUCGGGGCAGCAAGCCUGUUCCGCGCCGAAUCCAACGUUAGGCUCGACGCCGGUGGUCCCGUUGCCACGCGCCAAGUCCACGCAGAUGUUGGUGCUGCCCAGGCAACAGGCUGACCCACACAACACCUCGAUAACCUCGCUACUCGCUGCCAUGUUUCCCGAACUGCCGCCCGGUGGGCAGCUGCCCGGCUACAGGCCGUCGAGCAAGUCCUGCGAGCAGACGCUCGCGGUGCCCACGUGCCUCGGCACGAUCGACCACGGUCAGAUGACCGACUGCUGGAACGAGAACAAGGCUCCAAAUGUCGUCGAAGAUUACCAUUCUCUGGAUACGAGGAGGAUUCGACUGGAGCCACGCAGUCACCGAUUGGCAACGCGUCAACCGUUGUCGACCGCCAACGACCAAAACAGCUUUCUGCCAGGGAAGGCGAACGUCAACGGCGACACGUUCCUGCCGCCGGAGCAACAGCCCCUUCACACGGCCACGCUGGACCGGGUGACGUAUCGCGGCAACUCGCGCAAACAGGCGCAUCAGUCAGGAGGGAAGUACAGUCAGGCGAACGGGCUGGAGUCUCGCAGGUACCACACGAUCGGCAAAACCAGUUCGGGGUUGAACCAGCGGAAUCGGGAGAUGCAGGACUCGAUGAACGGCGGUGGCCACUCGACGAUGAUGGCCGACCCUUUCUACAAAAAGUCCAACUACUCGUCGACGACCACCGAUUCUUUCUUCUAUCGAACGAACGGCACCAGCGGGAGAACGCACGGAGAGCCGGAGAGGAUGACGAGGAGGCCGAAGAGCACGGAACGAUUGGUGGACGAGGUGGAUCGGAACGAGUACGGCGACUUUCGAAGAGAACGACCGAGACGGAGGGAGGAGAGGCCAGCCCCGCAGGUCAAGAGUCCGCGGAACGGUGUCGCGGGCUACGGCGAGGCGCAGGAGAAGCACAGGAGGCCGCACAGCGAGGACAAGAUGCAAGAGCUGACCAACGAGAUGUUCUACAAGGUGAUGACGGCCAUGUCCGAGCCGAAGAAGGAGCAACGCGUGGAGAAGAGGAAGGACAGGCACGGAAGGAGGCCGCACUCUGCCCCCGUCUUGGACAUAGAUCACCCGACCGAGGAGACUGGGAGGAAGUGUAGCCACAGGAACAGGAAACCGGCACCACCGCCGCCGGCUUAUCAGGACCCCGCGGUGGCGCCGUUGCCCAAGUACAGGCCCCCGCCUCCGGUGUCGACGACCAGCGUUCUGGAGGUGGAGAAUAACAACAAGAUUAUACUGAAGGUGGAGCCGAUCAAGUCCCCGUUGGAUGCACCGGCGACGAACGGGACAACGCCGUCCGACGUGUCCAGCGGCGCCCCGGCGCCAAGCGUGAAAAGACUGAGGUGCGCGAGCGUGCCUGUGGCGCAGAACAAGGUGGUGGUGCCGCGGAGCGCGGUGUCGUUGCCCUGCAUGCCGAUACGCGACAGCAAGGACAGCCUCAGCAACAACCUUCCCGUCAUUCCCAAUCCUCUCAGCCCGCCGUCCAGCAGACCGAGCAGCCCGACCACCAGCUCCAGUUCCAGCAACCUCACGUCCGAGUGUUCCGGAUGGGUCAGCAGCGGGGACACGUCCAGCUCGGAGCAGCGUCGCAACGCCAAGCUGUCGAGCGAGCAGCUGCGCCAGAAACUGUCGAAGAUCGUGCCGAGGAAGGAGAGGCCGACACCGGCCAAGGAGACCGUGGAGGAGCACUCGUACGAAGAAGUGCGACUCCCGCCGCCGAAGAUGUUUCAGGACGAGCCGCCGCCACCGGAGGAGUUUCGCGACCCGCCGGCCAUCAUCGACAACCCUUUGUACCACGUCUACGAGACGGUCAAGCCGGUCAGGAGUCCCAAGCAGACGAAAACCGCGCCGUGCAGUCCGCAGAAGAACAGGGACAGAGAGAGGGAGAGGGAGAGGGAUCCUCCGUACGGGGCCAGAGACAUUUGCCUGGACUGUUACCAAGAGGGCAAGGAACUGUUGCAGUCGACGCUGGACGACUCGGUCAACUUCAAGAAGUGCAAGGAGGAGUUCAAGAGGCAGAUGAGCUUCUCGGGGAAGAUCUACAGAGAACGCAAGGAAGCGCAGUUGCGUUUCCAUAAACGUGCCCAUUCCCUUGGAUACGGUGACUUCCUGACCCCGUCGUCGGUAAAACCUCUAAGAUCGAAUGUGCCUCUUAGUGACUAUACGACCCUGGCCUCGACCAUGCCGUACUUCCACAUCAGCAACGAGUAUCGGCUGUUCUCGCCGGAAGGUGCCCAUCUCAUCAUCUGCGUGCACGGCCUCGAUGGCAACCCUGCUGACCUUCGUCUGGUCAAGACCUACCUGGAACUCAGCCUUCCCGGGGCGCAUCUCGACUUUUUAAUGUCCGAGAGGAAUCAGGGCGACACAUUCUCGGACUUUGACACGAUGACGGAUCGACUGGUAGCCGAGAUUCUGCAUCACAUCGAGACGUCGGGGCUCAAUCCGACGAAAGUGAGCUUCAUCGGGCAUUCUUUAGGGACCAUCAUCAUAAGAAGCGCUCUGACGCGGCCUCAAUUGCGGCCGCUUCUUCCCCGUUUGCACACCUUUCUCAGCCUGAGCGGCCCGCACUUGGGCACGCUGUACAACACCAGCGGACUAGUCAACGCAGGCAUGUGGUUCAUGCAGAAGCUGAAGAAGUCCGGCUCGUUGCUCCAGCUGGCGAUGAAAGACGCGCCGGAUGUCAGACGGUCGUUCAUGUUCCGCCUCAGCCAGAAGAGCAACCUCGAGAAGUUCAAACACGUGCUGCUGUGCGGCAGCGCGCAGGAUCGAUACGUGCCGCUUCACUCUGCUCGUAUAGAACUCUGCAAAGCCGCCGUACGGGAUUCGACCGAUCAAGGUAAUCGAACCGCCAUUCACUUCUUUCCUCCACCCCAUUUCUGUCCGUGGUAAUACGAUUUUAUUGAACGAGCAAUCUCGAGGUACCGUAAGAGGCUUCCGCCAGGAGGAAAUCCUACAGUCUUUUUCUUCAUCAGAGAGUUCCAUUUCCUUGCAGAAAGAAGAAA